UCGUGCCUCGCGCCCUCUGCCUCUGCGCCUUUGCGCCGAGAUCAUGCAGCCAAUCGCAAGCCACGUCUCACACGACUCACAUCCAAAAGAAAGAAGAAGAAAAAAACGUGGGCAGUAUCCAAAAGACAGGAAGCUGAGCCGUCUUGUCUUAUCAAUACUAGCCGACAACAUAACCUUAUUCCGAGAACUUAUUCAACUUUAAAACUACAGUUCAACCUACAGUGAGUUUCUGUACUACUCGUGCUGGAGACGUUUUCGACGGCUCAUCAUUGCAUCUUACUCGCGGUACGCAGACCUGUGGAAAGAUGAAUUUAAAGUGUGACAAUUGUAUCCACAAUUUGGACUUCGAAUCCCACCGCCCUAAAUGCAUACCCUGUGGGCAUACAAUUUGUAAGGAAUGUGUUGAAAAUCCUGCCUUGGGGAGGAAGUGUCCAACUUGCAGGAUGGAAUUUAAGCGCCGGCCUGAGGACCUACCCGACAACGGCCUAGCCUUGAGAGUCCUAGCCGUCCAAUCGUUGGAGAAUGAUGGUGCACCACCCUGCAAGAAGCCUAAGAUCGAGGACCCAGACUUGGAGCAGCUACAGCGGGGCGCGGCCGCGGGGAGGAAGGUGGUGGAGAUGCUGCGACUGGUGGUGCCUCUAGCAGUCGAGUCGCUGAACCGCCAGCUCGAGUCGUCUGUCGCCCAGCUCGGACAAGUGGAGGAGGCCCUGCAGAGGCGGGUGCAGCGGGAGGCGGCCGGCGAUGUGGGCACCGCGUCGGACGGCGUGGAGGAGCCGUUGCAGCUGGCGGAGCAGCUGGAGGCCAGCCACCGCCUGCUCACCUCCACCAAGUGCACCGUUGUUGCCGAAGAGGAGGGUGGCUCCACCUGGACGGCCUCUGUGCAGCCCGGGGGGUGCGGCGACACCUUGCGCCUUCUGCUGCUGCAGCUGCGGGCUGAUGGGCUACUGGGCAAGGUUCACGACGACGUCGACAUCAUCGCUCCUGUCACCCCGGCUUACGUGGGGCCGCCUCUCAUCUCCGUUCUAACGAUAACUGAUCAACACCUCGAGAAUGGUCGUCUAAAAGUGAAUGACAUUCUUCGUGACAUCCCGCAGAAAUGGACCAUCCCUCGCAGCCUGAAGUACUUACAGGGUGACGGCUCUGAGGACCUACUGAGGGUCAUGGGGCCGUACCUCGAGGAGCUGGAGGUCUCGGGUGAGGUUCAGCCCAGCGUCAUGGAGGAGGUGCAGAACAUGUCGGGACUCAGAAGACUGAAAGUUCAAUGCGCUAAAAACGUGGACUACCCGGACCUUCCGUUACAGCUGGAGGAGCUGCAGCAUACCCAAAUCACUGAGAAUCAGCUGCGUUGUUUGGAGGACAUGCCCAGGCUGCGCAGCUUGUGCGUGUACAAUUACCAUGGUCCAAAUCUGACCUUCCCUCCCUCGCAGCACGGCAGGCUGCUGUGGCUCAGCGUGUGCUUCGAUACUGAGCACAAGUCUACCAUGCUCUCUCUGAUUCGCGCCUAUGCCUCGUCGGUACAAGAGCUCCGUGUGUACUGUACCUUCUCUGAGAACCAGAACUUUUACUACCCCGACCUGGGCCAGGAGCUAGCGGCGUGCGGUCUGCGGGUGCUGCGGCGGCUCGUCCUUGUACGCUCGCCUUCUCUGAAUCCCUGCAGAGACCAGGUCGCUGGCUGCAUGCUGCAGCGAAGAUCUAUCGUAGGCGCAUUGCCCCCGUCUGUUGAUGUGGUUUGCAAGUUGUGCCAUAGAUCGGAUGAUGUACUGUAACAAUGUCCCAUGCGAGCAUAAUUAUCCCCGAUUGCCUGCUGUAAUAAUUUGCCUGUAAAUUUUUACAUGUUUUGAAAAUUCUCAUUUCGUUUGUUUUUGUACGCCUGGUUCUUUUUAUCUUUUAAAUAAAUAUAGAGGAAUUCUGUUGUA